CUCCAGCCCAGGCUCAGAUCGUGCACGCAGGCCAGGCGUGUGUGGUGAAAGAGGACAACAUCAGUGAGCGCGUCUACACCAUCCGGGAGGGUGACACCUUGGUGCUGCAGUGCCUUGUCACCGGGCACCCUCGGCCCCAGGUGCGUUGGACCAAGACCGCGGGCAGCGCGUCGGACAAGUUCCAGGAGACGUCGGUGUUCAAUGAGACACUGCGCAUCGAGCGCAUUGCGCGCACGCAGGGCGGCCGCUACUACUGCAAGGCCGAGAACGGCGUGGGCGUGCCUGCCAUCAAGUCCAUCCGGGUGGACGUGCAGUACCUGGACGAGCCAGUGCUGACAGUACACCAGACAGUGAGCGAUGUUCGAGGCAACUUCUACCAGGAGAAGACGGUGUUCCUGCGCUGUACGGUCAACUCCAACCCACCUGCCCGCUUCAUCUGGAAGCGGGGCUCGGACACCUUGUCUCACAGCCAGGACAAUGGGGUCGACAUCUAUGAGCCCCUCUACACCCAGGGGGAGACCAAGGUCCUGAAGCUGAAGAACCUGCGGCCCCAGGACUAUGCCAGCUACACCUGCCAGGUGUCUGUACGCAACGUGUGUGGCAUCCCGGACAAGGCCGUCACCUUCUGGCUCACCAACACCACGGCACCACCAGCCCUGAAGCUGUCUGUGAACGAAACUCUGGUGGUGAACCCUGGGGAGAAUGUGACGGUACAGUGUCUGCUGACAGGCGGUGAUCCCCUGCCCCAGCUGCAGUGGUCCCAUGGACCAGGCCUGCUGCCCCUGGGUGCCCUGGCCCAGGGUGGCACCCUCAGCAUCCCUUCAGUGCAGGCCCGAGACUCUGGCUACUACAACUGCACAGCCACCAACAAUGUGGGCAACCCUGCCAAGAAGACUGUCAACCUCCUGGUGCGAU